AUGGCGUCCCGCUUCCACUCCCAAGUCGAAGAUGUUUCGCCUCUGGUGCAACCGCUACGCUUCGAGUUCAGCCAAAGAACAGCCCCCAAUAGGUUCUUGAAAGCCUCAAUGACUGAAAAGCUGAGUUCCUGGGAUCCCCAGAAUAAAGAGGCUCGCGGAGUUCCCUCGACUGCGAUACACAAUUUGUACCAGCGAUGGGGCGAAGGCGAACUCGGUCAUAUCCUGACGGGCAAUAUCAUGUUGGCAUAUGACCAGCUUGAAGCCGCGGGAAAUCUCAUCAUUCCCACAGACGCUCCCUUUGAGGGGCCACGUUUUGAAGCCUUCGCCAAGCUCGCUUCCCUCGCAAAGGCUCACGGUAGCCUCAUUACGGGCCAGGUCACGCACCCAGGACGACAGGUUGACCGCAGAAUACAGCCCAAUCCUGUCUCUGCGAGUGAUGUGCAGCUCCAGGGAAAAUUUCUCGGCCUCGAAUUCGCGAAACCCCAUCCCGCCUCCCAGGAAGAAAUAAAUGAGAUUGUUCGCAGUUUCACCUUCGCGGCGCAGUAUCUGCAGCGGGCCGGAUUCGACGGUAUUGAACUGCAAGGUGCACACGGAUAUCUCCUUUCCCAAUUUCUCUCGCGCACCACCAAUCUUCGCACCGAUGCGUAUGGUGGUAGUCUUCGGAACCGUGCCCGCCUAAUCAUGGAGAUUGCGCAAUGCAUUCGCGCAAAUACAACUCCGGACUUCAUUCUAGGAAUCAAAAUCAACAGUGUGGAGUUCCAGUCUGACGGGUUUACCGUGGAGGAAGCACGAGAGCUCUGCCAAAUGCUCGAAGAAGCGACCUUCGACUUUGUCGAACUGAGCGGCGGCACAUACCAGGCCAUGGCUUUCAAGCACGAGCGCGAGUCGACCAGAAAGCGGGAAGCGUUUUUCCUGGAGUUCGCGGACAUGAUUGUUCCUGCGCUGAGCAAGACAAAGACCUAUAUUACUGGAGGGUUCAGAACACUACAAGGGAUGUUGGAAGCGCUGAAGACAGUUGAUGGGGUUGGUCUUGGGCGGGUGGUCGCACAGGAGUUCAGUCUGACCAAGGACAUACUGAAUGGUAAAAUUACCGGUGCUAUCGACCCAAAGGUCAACCAAGAUGACUUUGCCUUGACCAAUAUCAUUGCGGGAAGUCAGAUGCGACAGGUAGGUAAAGGACAUGAGCCGAUUGAUAUGAGCCUGGAGGAGAAUGUGCAAGUCUUUGUGAAGGCGAUGACGGCCUGGGCCCAACGGAUGGCAGACGACGCAGAGACGAUGAAGCUGUUUGGCUAUGUUGAUCUGGACGUGUAA